UAAAACUUCUCAAAAAAUGUUUCGCUUUAGCAACGCUCUGCUCGUGUGCCUCAAUCUCUUGACGUUUCUCUUCUCCAUUCCCAUUCUCUCGAUGGGUAUAUGGCUCAGCAAAGGCGCCACCGAGUGUGAAAAAUGGCUCGAUAUGCCCUUCAUUCUGUUUGGCGCGCUCCUUCUCGUGGUGUCGCUGGCAGGCCUCGUCGGCUCUUGCCGCCGGAGCUCCUGUCUCCUCUGGUUUUACCUCGUCGCCAUGUUCGUUCUCGUCGUUUGCGUCUUCAGCUUCACGGUCUUCACCUUUGCCAUUACCAACAAAGGGACCGCCGGCGUAGAUUCUUCCGGCAAAGGGUACAAGGAGUACCGGCUCGGUGAUUAUUCUCACUGGUUGCAGAAGAGAGUGAACAGCUCACGUAACUGGAACGGAAUCAAGAGUUGUCUUCAGUCCGGGGAACUCUGCUCCAACUACCUUAGUAAGUACAUCAACGACGAUUUCCAGAAGCUAUACGCAGAGAAAUUAUCACCGCUUCAGUCUGGGUGUUGCAGGCCACCAAGCGACUGCAAAUUUGUGAACCAGAGCGCAACGGUGUGGAACAAGACCGAAGGUGGAAAUUAUAGGAACCCAGAUUGUGGUGCUUGGGGCAAUGAUCCAAAGGUGCUGUGCUUCAACUGUAAUUCCUGCAAGGCUGGGUUGCUGCAAAACUUCAACAUUAACUGGAGAAAGUCGGCUAUCAUUGACAUAAUAUUCCUCUUUUUCCUGGUUAUCGUGUACGCCAUUGCGUGCUGUGCUUUCAGGAAUAACAGGAAGGACAAUUGGGAGAGAUCCGUGUUAGGCUCAGAAGAAUCAGCACGCGAUUAGGUUGUAGAUGGACUAGUUCAUUAGUUUCCGUGCUUUCUGUAAUAAUUUCGUUUGCUGGGUUUGUUAUGAAUUGCUAGACUUUAAUUUAUGUUGCAUUUCCCAGUGUUGACCACUUUUGCUUCUUGGCAUAGAUAGUUGUGUAAGUUUGGAAUCUUAAAUUUGAUUUGCAUCUGCAGUGUUGGU